AUGAGAGUUCCAGCCGGCGUGGCUGCAGUUUCCUGUCUUUGUCCUCUGGUGGUCUUCCUAUGUGCUGUUUCCCAGAGUUGUUAUGGGACCCGGGUCGAUCUGAGUCCUCACACUAACUCCAACCCCAGCCUGUACCCUAAUCCCUGGCACAAGUCACUGCCUGGGCCGACCCCGCUUCCAAGCUCCACUCCUGAGAAACAUAUGUCUCCACUGAAGCCCAGCCAGCUUUCCAGCGCCAGCCCUAACUCAUGGAGCAAGUCUCAGCUAAAGCCUAGGCUGGACACCAUGUCAUAUCCUACCAGCAACCAAAGGUCCAGCACAAACUUUCCAUUGACCAUCUCCCAAGGCACAUCAAGCUCAAACACUAGACUCAAUCUACAGCAUGUGCCCAAGCAGAGUUCAAAUUCAAGGCAAGUGUUGGCAUACAAAUCCAAUUCUAAUCAGGUAGCAAGAAAUACCUCAAACAAUCCAAACCAAUCUCCAAAAAUCAACCCCCAAAUCAAUCCCAAAUCAAAGACUGGAUCACUGUCACAAACAAUUAUAAACACCAAAUACCACUAUAAGAUCUCCAACCCAAACUCCAGAGCAUCCAUCAGAGCACAGAAGAACCAGACAAGGUUACCUGACUCAGACAAGGAUCCCCACCAUCGUCCCAAGAGAGGCUGGAUCUGGAACCAGUUCUUUGUUUUGGAGGAACACAUCGGACCUGAACCUCAGUACGUUGGAAAGCUCCACUCCAACUCUGACAAGGGCGAUGGUUCUGUGAAAUACAUCCUGUCUGGUGAGGGGGCCGGCUCUAUCUUCGUAAUUGACGAGACAUCGGGUGACAUCCACGCAGCCAAGAGCCUGGACCGAGAGAAGAAGUCCCAGUAUGUCCUACAUGCGAGGGCCAUUGACUGGCGGACAAACCGUUCACUGGAGGCAGAGUCAGAGUUCAUCAUCAAGGUUCAGGAUGUCAAUGACAACGCUCCAACAUUUCCUGAUGGACCGUUCUCGGCAGCUGUGCCUGAGAUGUCUGAUGUUGGAACAUCAGUUUUCCAGGUGACAGCCUCAGAUGCAGAUGACCCGACCUACGGGAACAGCGCCAAGAUCGUUUACAGCAUCAUAGAGGGACAGCCCUACUUCUCUGUUGACCCCAAGACAGGUAUCAUCCGUACAGCAAUGUCCAACAUGGACCGUGAGACCAGGGACCACUAUGCUGUGGUGGUCCAGGCCAAAGACAUGGUGGGCUCGGUUGGGGGACUGUCUGGAUCCACCGUUGUCAACAUCACCCUCACUGACGUGAAUGACAAUCCUCCAAAGUUUUCACAGAAGAGCUAUCAGCUGUACGUACCAGAGCUUGCUCCAGUAGGGACGGCAGUGGGUCAGAUCAGAGCCAACGAUGAAGAUGAAGGGCAGAACGCUGAGAUGACCUACAGCAUCACUAAUGCAGACGCUGCUGCCAUCUUCACCAUCACCACUGAUACUGACCGCAGGGAGGGAAUCAUUUCGCUCAAGCAGCCUCUGAACUAUGAGAAAAGAAAGGUUCACACACUCAAUAUUGAAGCUUCCAACACUUACCCAGACCCCCACUUUUCCCACCUGGGACCAUUUAAGGAUUCCACAUCAUUGCGGGUCAUUGUGGGUGAUGUGGAUGAGCCUCCUGUCUUCUCCUUGGACUACUACAUUAUGGACGUGUAUGAAAACUCACCUGCCGGCACCCAGGUUGGAGCUGUGACUGCCGUGGACCCUGAUAGCACCAACAGCGCUGUCCGGUACUUCAUAGAAAAUCAAGAAGAAAGACCUUUGUAUUUCACCAUUGGGGUGAACAGCGGCAUCAUCCGGACCACUCAGGCUCUAGACCGGGAGGAGAAGGCGUGGCACAACAUCACUGUGAUGGCUGCAGAGGUUGAUAACCCUCGUAUGGUGAGCCAUGUCCCAGUCACCAUCCAGGUCCUAGAUGUCAAUGACAACAUUCCAGCCAUCUCUGGGGGCAACAAUGCAGUCAUAGUGUGUGAGAGCACCAAAAAUGGACAGGUGAUACAGACCAUCCGAGCAGCAGAUCUGGACAACUUUGCAAAUGGAAAGUUUUCCUUCUAUGUGCCUGCUGAGCAUCCAGCCAAUCCAAACUUUACUUUAAAGGACAAUGGAGACAACACUGCCAGUAUAGUAUCUCGACGACGUGGAGGCUUCAGCCAGGAUAAAGACCAGGAGUUCUUUAGUCUGGUGCUGGUGGUGGCUGAUGGUGGGGAGCCUCCCCUGAGCAGCACUGCUACACUCUCCCUCAGGGUCUGUGUGUGUCAGAGGAACAUCAGGGGGCGUAACAGCAACAACAUCUGUCAGGCCCAGGCCUUCCUGUCUUCAGCUGGCCUCAGCACCGGAGCCUUUGUGGCCAUACUCCUGUGUAUUGUCAUAUUACUAGCCAUUGUGAUGCUGUUCACCCAGCUACGAAAUAAGAAGGCAAGCAAAGAGCCCUUGAUUCUCUCUGAAGAGGACAUCAGAGAAAACGUGGUGACCUACGACGAUGAGGGAGGCGGGGAAGAAGACACAGAAGCCUUUGACAUUGCAGCACUUAGAAAUCCUAAAGGCUCAGAACCUCGCAGAAAGUUCCACACCUACCUCGGCUGUGGACCGAGCACAUAUGGAGAGGAGGAUGAGGCCGAGGAUGAUGAGGAGGGGAUUGUGGUGGUGAGGAGGAGGAGAGCACGGGAGAUGGAUUACGGGAACUACAGCCCAGAGUCAGAACCUGCAUGGUUUGUUAUUGACUGUGUUCCUCGAGAGAUCAGCCAGUCAGCGCCUUCGCUUCUGCUAGAUAGUCGUGACAUCAUUCAGCAGAUCAUCCAGCAGAGGGUGACAGAAGCAGACUCUGACACACGGGGCCCGCCGUAUGACUCACUUCAAACAUAUGCCUAUGAAGGCUGUGGGUCCUUGGCUGGGUCAGUCAGCUCUUUGGGCCUGACUGCGGCAGUGCCCGAACUUAACUAUGCAGACUUGGAAGACUGGGAGCCAGAGAGGCAAACACUGGAACAAAGUGUUGGAAAGCAGCUGGCUACAGGCCAAGCUAACCCUGACACCUAA